AUGACAGUAUCUUUGAUUAUUGCUCUAAGAGACUGUGAAAGUAUCGAGAAAGAUGGCCAUAUUGUUCAAAUUGGCCAUGGUGCUAAUACGGAUACAGUAAGAUCUUUAGCCAAGGACAAGUUAGGAUUGGCUCUCCCUUUAGAUAAUAUUAUACUUCAGACAUCAAAUGGUACUAUUUUGACCGAGAUUGAAAAAGUCAAACUUCAACAAGUUGUCUAUAUUGACUUAAAGGAAGAGAUCAAGGAUGUAAUUCCAGGUCCAAUGCGGCUUCCUAUGGUAGGAAAUUUGUACGAUAUGAUGCCUGAUAUGCCAGAAGGCUGGAGACGUCAAUUUGAAGUUUAUGGCAAUUUAGCUAGUGUCAGUAUCUUGGGUCAUGAAAUAGUAGGCACCAAUGAUCCUGCUAUUGCAGAGAUAUUUGUGAAGGAAUCAGAAUACUUUACAAAGAAAAUCACUACUGUCCUGAAAGAAAUCAAAGACUUCGCCGGCAACGGGCUCUUUACUUCCGACUCAGAUGAUGAUGAAUGGAAAUUAGCUCAUAAACUCCUGAUGCCUGCAUUUAGUCCCCGUGCAAUUAAGGCUUAUCAACCCGAGAUGGGCAAGAUUGCCAUGGAGACUAUCAAGGUGCUGGAACGAUAUUCCCCUGACGAUAAAGUGGAAAUCUUGAAUUGGUGUACAAAUCUCACUUUUGAAACGAUUGGCCGAAUCGGGUUUGGAUAUUCGUUUGAUAUUUUGAAUUUCGAUUCACCCACACAUCCAUUUAUCGAAGCUAUGGGAUAUGCGCUCAGUCAUGCUGCCAAACGAUUCGUUCAACCUAAUCUAUUGAGAAAAUUACCUUUACAAAGUAACAGGGCUUGGGAAAAUGGAAAUAAAUUGAUGCAUUCAAUUGUUGAACAAGUCAUACAAGAAAGGAAAGUUUCUAAAGAUGCUAAAGAUGCUGAAAAAGAUUUACUUGGAUAUAUGCUAAAUGCUCGUGAUGAACACAAUUUGGGUUUAUCUGAUGAAAACAUUAGAGAUCAAGUAGUUACCUUCCUGAUUGCUGGACACGACACAACAGCCAAUACUCUUGCUUGGACAUUUUAUGAACUGUCCAGAAAUCCUCAUGUAGAAGCCAUGUUAUUACAAGAAAUCGCCAAUGCUGGCAUUACUUCAGGUCAACUACCAACAACAGAACAAAUAAGCAGUCUCAAAUACAUGGAUAGAGUGCUGAAAGAAACACUUCGACUUCACCCGCCAUUAAGAGGAAUUACCAAAGUCUGCAUCAAAGAUUGUGUUGUUCCUGGCGGUUAUAGAAUUAAGGAAGAUACAGCUUGUGCAGUUUCUAUCUUAAAUAUACAUACAAAUCCUGAUAUUUAUCCCGAUCCUUUCAAGUAUGACCCUGAUCGGUUCUUGCCUGAAGAGGAACAAAAUCGAUCUCGCUAUGCAUGGCUUCCUUUUAGUACAGGUCCUCGAGCUUGUAUUGGUAUGGUAUUUGCCUUGCAGGAAGCCAAGACUGUACUUGGUAUGCUGCUUCAUCGGUUUAAAUUCUUUUACGACGGCCCUCCUGUCUCUUACGAUCCUUAUCAAGCCACAACAAAACCCCUUGAUUUUCUUGUCAACAUCCUUCCUCGAAAAGACUUUCCAGAACCCACUAAAGAUAUUGUGGUCAAAAAGGUAGAGACAAGCACUGCUUUACCUAAGCUCAAUAGCCAUGUUAGUGCUGGAACAAUUGAACUGCCUCAAAUCACUUUCCUUUACGGUACACAAACAGGUACUUCGCAAGACUAUGCUUAUCAGUUAUCAGCUCAAGCAAAGCAAUUUGGAUUCAAGGAUGUGACACUUUGUCCCAUGGACCAAUGGAAAGUAGUCAAGACAGGCAAAUAUCAAAAGCCAUCCAAGGAAAAGGAACAUGAACUUUUAGUGAUCUGUACCGCUACUUACAAUGGUCAACCUCCUCUUUCUGCUGAAUAUUUCGACAAGUGGAUCACAACACAUGCUGAACAAGAACAAGAUAUGCUCAAGGGCAUUCGCUAUGCGGUCUUUGGUGUGGGUAACAAGCAAUGGAGAACCUAUCAGGCCUUUCCUAUCAAGGUAGACAAAAGCCUUGACAUGCUUGGUGCCGAACGUUGUUUCUCCUUGGGCAGUGGUAAUGUGGACGGUGAUUCUGAUGGUGAUUUUAAUCAUUGGUGUGCUCAUUUCUGGGCCUCUACCCUUAGUAGUUAUGGUGUUGCUGCUUCUUUAGAUAAAUCUGUCGUACCAACAGCCACACUGAAGGAUUUUGAAAGUGCUGUUCAAGUCAAAUUUAUCUCUCCUUCUGACAUACAGAAAUGGGCUUUGGCUAAGGAAAACAGAAAUGGUGUUUUUAAUGCAACAGUGCUCGUCAACCGAGAACUUCAGAACACAACAAGUGAACGGUCUACGCGCCAUUUAGAAAUCGAUGUCUCUCAAUUAGAGCCUAUUGGAGAGCAAGCAAUUUAUGAGCCAGGAGAUCAUAUUGAAAUUCUCCCUGAAAAUGAUAUUCAACAAGUAGAACAAAUUGCACUUGGUUUUGGGUUUGUCUUGGAUGCUGUGUUUGAGUUAGAUCUUUCAAAUGUAGAGAAUCUGUCUCCCCGUUCUUUAGCAAGAUCAAUUCAAGGUCCAUGUACAGUGCGCUCUGCUUUACUCUACUUUGCCGACAUUCUUUCGCCACCUUCUCGACAAAUGCUGAGUUAUUUUGCUACUCAACUAAGACAAGUUGCUCCUGAGACAGCUACUGUAUUUGAAAAGUUAAUCAUGCCUGAUACAAACAAUCAAGAUCCCUAUCCUGAAUUUAUCAAAAAGCAUCGAAACCUGCUCGAUCUUCAAACAGCUUUUCCUCAAGUAAAUCGCAUUGAUUUUGGUCAAUUUUUAGCAGCUGUUCAUGUAAUUCAACCCAGAAGAUACUCUAUUGCCUCUUCGCCACGCGUCCAUCCAACAAGCGCGCAUAUCUCUGUGGCCGUAGUUGAUGACUUGGUCAAUGAUAUUCAUUAUCCUGGUCUGGCUUCUUCAUUCCUCAGUCGCAUAAAAACGCAAACUAAGUUACGUGCCUGUCUUCGCUCUUCAAAAGGCAUAUUUAGUAUGCCUGAGAACCAUGAGCAACCCUUGAUCAUGGUUGCUGCUGGCACUGGUAUUGCUCCUUUCCGUGGAUUCCUUCAAGAACGAGAACAUCAAAAGAAAUCAGGUCGACAAAUUGGGCCUUGUAUCUUAUUCUUCGGUUGUCGCCAUCCAGAUAAAGACUAUCUCUAUAAAGAAGAAAUAGAAGCAUGGGUUAAUUCAGGUGUUCUUGCCGCUAAUUAUACCGCAUUUUCUCGAUUAGUGCCUCCUUCUUCAAGAAAGUAUACUCAGCAUCAAUUGUUAGCAAAUGCAGCUCAGGUCUGGGAGACUAUGACAACUCAACAUGGUGCUGUGUAUGUGUGUGGUGCUGGUGCUAUGAGUCGAGAUGUUCGAUCUGCUUUCCAAGUGAUGGUCAAAAGCUUUGAUGAGGCUGGAAAUGAUCAAGAAGCUGAAUUGUAUCUUCAAUCCUUGGAAGCCAAGAAGGCCUAUUUAACCGACGUUUGGGGCUGA